GUGAGGAGGCUCCGGCUCUUCCCGCCUCCGCGGUGGAGGGCUGCGCCCUUGACCUGGGCUGCUCGCGUCGGGUUAGGUGCAUUUUCUUUUCUGGAGCGGAAAGAUGGCGGCUUCCGAGCAGCCGCUGCCUCUGCCGAGAGGGGGCCCGGGCUCUGCCUCGCCGGCGCCCUGCCGGGGCGACCGAACCCUCCUCGUCAGGCACCUGCCCGCCGAGCUGACCGCCGAGGAGAAGGAGGACUUGCUGAAAUACUUCGGGGCGCAGUCGGUGCGGGUCCUGUCGGAUAAGGGGCGACUGAAACAUACUGCUUUUGCUACUUUCCCUAAUGAAAAGGCAGCCAUAAAGGCCUUGACAAGACUCCAUCAGCUGAAACUUUUAGGUCACACUUUAGUUGUUGAAUUUGCAAAAGAACAUGAUCGAGUUCAUUCCCCAUGUCAAACAUCAAACACUGAGAAAAAGAAAAGGUCUGAUGAGACUGUUGAAGAUGAUAAAGAAAAGAAAGAGCUUGGUUUUUUAACAAUAGAAAAUGGAAUUGCACCAAACCAUGGAUUGACCUUUCCAUUAAAUUCAUGCCUCAAGUAUAUGUACCCACCACCUUCAAGUUCGAUCCUAGCAAAUAUCGUAAAUGCUUUGGCAAGUGUGCCUAAAUUCUAUGUACAGGUACUUCAUCUCAUGAAUAAAAUGAACUUACCUACACCUUUUGGACCCAUUACUGCACGACCCCCCAUGUAUGAAGACUAUAUGCCUCUUCAUGCACCCCUCCCUCCUACAUCUCCUCGACCACCUGAGGACCCUCCUUUGCCAGAUGAGGAUGAGGAAUUAUCUAGUGUAGAGUCAGAAUAUGAGAGCAGUGAUAACGAGGACCGGCAGAGAAUGAAUAAACUAAUGGAACUAGCAAAUCUUCAGCCCCAGAGACUCAAAACAACAAAGCAACGUCAUGUGAGAAAAAAGCGAAAGAUAAAGGAUAUGUUGAAUACACAGCCACUGGCCUCCAACAGCAACACACAUCCUGUGCUGUUACCUUCAGAUGUAUUUGAUCAACCACAACCUGUAGGUAAUAAAAAAAUUGAAUUCCACAUAUCUACUGACAUGUCAACAGCAUUUAAGAAAGAUUUAGAGACGGAGCAAAACUAUGAGGACAAAAAUUGUGAUUUACCUGCUACUGAAGAUGAUGCUUCAAAUGUAGGUUUUGGAAAAAUCUUUCCCAAACCUAAUUUGAGCAUUCCAGAAGAAAAUAAUGAAGACUCUGAUGAAAUGCCCUCAGAAUGCAUCUCUAGAAGAGAUUUGGAAAAAGGCAGAAUUUCUAGACAAGAAAUGGAGAAGCUUUCCGUUUUCCGAAGUUAUGAGCCUGGUGAACCCAACUGUAGAAUUUAUGUAAAAAACUUAGCCAAACAUGUUCAAGAAAAGGACCUUAAAUUUAUUUUUGGAAGAUAUGUUGAUUUUUCAUCUGAAACACAAAAGAUCAUGUUUGAUAUACGCUUAAUGAAAGAAGGUCGCAUGAAAGGACAAGCUUUCAUUGGACUUCCAAAUGAAAAAGCUGCAGCUAAAGCCUUAAAGGAAGCGAAUGGAUAUGUUCUUUUUGGAAAACCCAUGGUGGUCCAAUUUGCUCGAUCUGCUAGACCAAAACAAGAUUCUAAAGAAGGAAAAAGAAAGCGAUAAGUAUUAGUAAAGAAGCAUUCCUGCGUAAAUACUGCUGUAAUACUGUCAUGCAAAGUGUAUCCUUUCUUGUUGUAUCCUUUUUUGGGGUAGUGUUCUGGUUUUUCUUUUUUUCUCCCUAGGAAUGUUUUGUCCCUCUUACCCAUUGAUGCAGAUCAAGCAGUAGUUCCAAAGAAGUACUUCUAAAAUUGUUUUUGUGUCUUGCACAAAUCUUUUAUGUGGUUUUUAGAUUUGCUGUUGAAUAUUUUAUGUUAUUUAGGUUAUGUGGUUUUUCCAAGGAAAGUUAGUGAAUCAGGUCAACUUCUAAGUGCAUACAUGUACUUUAACACAGAAUGAUCAUGUUUCUUUUAUUGGUGUAGUUCUAAACUGAAUUCAGUGACAAGUGCUUUGUGUACUUCAUGAUAUAUCUGGUUUGAAUAUUUUAUAUUACAUGUUCUAAAAUUUAAUUGAGAAAAGGUUUAAAUUUUUUCAAAGUACAUUUGUUGACAGUUAAAAUAACUAGACAUCUAUGUAAAUCUCAAAGUAAAAACUCACAUCAGAGAUGUGAUAUAGAUAAUAAUUAGAAGGACCUUUUAUCUUGCUUUUUCCUAAGCAUCAAACAAAAAUUAAAAGAGAACAAAAAGAUAGUAACUUGGGAUAAAAAUGCAUAGUGUUGAUUUCAGGUUGAUUAGUAAGUAAAAAGAAAUAGUUCUGGUAGGAAUAACAACAGUGAUGUCUGAUGUCUAGAAUUGGUGAUGAUCAGAAUCACUAAGAACAUUGAUUCUCCAACUUGACUGACCAUUGGAAUGAUCUGGAAACUUAAAAACAAAAACAAAACCAUAGCAUUAUAAAGAAAACAAAAUUCUGGAAAAUAUGUUGAUAUUCCCUUUCCUCAGAGCUUUAGUAGUAAACAAUUUAGUAUAUAGCAUGGAUAUUAGAAAAUUUUAAACUUUCAAGGUGAUUCAAAAGUGCCGUAAGGGUAAAGAAAGACAGAGGAAGAGUUUCUAUGUCUAAAACUGUAGGUUCUAUGUCUUGAUGCCUAGACUGUUAACAUAGAACUGAUAUAUCAGCAUGUCUAGGAAUGAUGCCCAAGAAUUUAAUGUGUAAGAGAUUACCUUAGUAAUUUUUCAGGACUGUCAGGUAUUAUACUAAUUUAUUAGAGUAUGUUGUUGACUACCUGUUACCAGUUUAGCAAUCCAGUCUUUUCAUAAGUCGGGUAAUAAGUGGAAUCUCUGCAUUCCACUUGGGAAAUUUUGCCAUAAUAUCUACGUUAACUACUCAAACUUUUAUUAAUAAUAAUUACUACCCUAACAGUACAAAAAAUGUCAAAAUACUGAUUCCAUUCAGUAUACACAAUUAUGCUUCAUUUUUUUAAGACUAGAGAGAAAUACAGGUUUAUGGAGUAUUUACAUAAUUAACUUUAUUUUACUGACAUGAUUCACUAAUUUUCUAAAUAUAAAUGUUUUCACUUUUAGGUAUUUUAAACAAGUUCGUGAUCUUCUAAUAAUGACUAUUUUUAAUGGGCUUUUAUGGUAUUUUAGGUUCCUAUUGAAUACCGUUUCUUUCACGUACUACCCAACCUGGAGGAGAAGAAAUAGACCUCUUGGAUUAUGGAGCUGUGCGUAGCAACUAUGAAAUCAUAUUUACAAAGUAACUAUUUGUCUUUAAGACAAAUUAUUAGAGAGAUAUUACAUGUGUUUUACUGAAAUAUAUAUAAUAAAUCAUUUUGUUUCCAAAAAUAUAGUCCUUGUAAUUUUUAAUCAUAUUGGCUUA